UGCAUCUCCCCUCUUCCCCUCCAGCCCAGGUGUGGCUGGGAUGGGAUCUUUUCUUGCACGGGAGUCAUGGAUAUCCUCUUCUGGAUAAUUUUCUUCUUACCAAUUUCAAAGGCUCUGAAGCACCUCGAAGAAAUAAAGUUGUUUGGAAAUCUGGGAGGAUCCAUUGUCAUCAAGUGUCCAUUGAAGAAUCUACCACAGAGGUUAUAUCUCUGUCGGGAGACCAGACCUAAUUCAUGCCACACAGUAGUGUCAAGCUCAGGAUUUGUGGGAAAGAACUUUGAGGACAGAGUCUCACUGAAGGUGCUCCCCAAGGAGAAUGUGUUCCUGGUAGAGCUGAGGGAGCUGAAAGAGGAUGACGAAGGCAACUAUGCCUGUGGGAUGGGCUAUAAAACAGACAGGGGGAAAACCCAGAAAGUGAUUCUCACAGUCACUAAUGAUUUCUAUCCAUUCUGGGAGGACCCUGAAUUCCCUGAACUCCUUCCACCGCCCUGGGCAUGGAUAUCCAAUGAAGCUUCUUCCUCUCGGUCCACCACCCAAGCGUCAAGCACUUCAGCACCAAUCACCCAACCACAGCAAGCCCAAACCCAACCACCACCACCGACCCACCCUUCACCCACCAACCCUGCCCUGCUGCUGAGAAAUACCUUAGCAGCAGCAGCCCCCUCCCAGACCUUCUCAUCCACUGUGGCCUCAAAGACUCCACGCCUGGGCAGACUGCUCAGGGCCCCCACUGUCAGUUAUCCUCAUCACACCAGGCUGCAGAGUGAAAGUGCCUCCUACUUUGGAUCACCUCUGAAGAAGGAUGGGGGAUUUCACAUCCUGAUCCUUGCCACCCUGGGCAUGUUCUUGAUGAUGCUUCUGGGCCUGGUGCUGGGAAGGACAUUACAGAAGAGGAGAGCUCUUUCCAAGAGGAUCAACAGACUAACCAUAAGGAUGAGUGCUCUGGAGGCCUCCAGUCGAGCUCACUCCCACCUGUACCACUCCUAUCUGAGGAGCCUCCACCGGCCAGUCUCUAAUAGACCCCGUUCCCAACAGAACAUCUAUAGUGCCUGCCCACGACAAGUUCAAGGACCCGACCAGAAUGGUGAACAAAUUUCUGCGAGAGACCCUGAAAUUCCAGAACAUUCUACCACUACCCAGGUUUCCAGGAUGGCGCAACUCCAGGCACCAGUUCCUGUGAAUAAUGAAUAUGGGAGCACCUAUUAUCUGGGUCUUGCUGAACCAGAAGACGUCGAUUCACAUGACUACAUCAAUGUUUCCUGCUUGCCUCAACUGCCCAACAGCCCUCCAGACCUGGGCUUCCAUGCCAACCAAACCUAUUGCUAAGCCAUGCUAAGCUGGCACUGCUCUGCUCCUGGCACAUCCCUCAUGCCCACCCCAGCUGUUCUGCCCAGAAGACCCUGUCUUCCCUGAGCUCUUCCCAACCCCAAGCUUUUCCCACUCAUCUACUGAGGUGGCGCUGCUUCCAAGGAGGCGGGUUGACAGGCAGUCAAUAAAACAUUUAUUGAGUGCCUA